GGGAAAGGGGGUUGCUGUUAGGCAGCGUACUGUCAGUUGUAUCGAACAGAGUGUUGGCAGAAGUCGAACAAGAAUGGAGUCAAAGAGACGAGCUAACCAGCCAAGGCGCGAGUGAGCAACGAGUCGAUAAGUGUUCGUGCAUAAAAUUAAAUCUGAUGAAAAUAAUAAUUUGUGUACGAAAAGUUAUAUUUUAUUGUACAAUACGUUUUCUUGUUUAGUUAAAGUUUCAAUGUAAACAACCCACUUUUACAUUUUUAAAAAAUUUCCGCUGAAAAAGUUAAAAUUGAACGAAAAUUGUUACCCCUGAAAAGUUUUGAUUUCCAAAAAAAAUAAUACCAACCCCCAAAGAUAAAUGUAAAGGAAAAGGAAUUGAAUAAAACAACCACAAGGUUGAAGAAGGAAAAUAAUACAUAAAUAGACACCGUUACUUAAGAAUUAAACACCACAGCUCAACGCGACGGCAGUCAACGAAUAAAUAUGUUAUCUGAGAAUAUCUGAAACCCACAAUAGUAUUGAUUGAAAAUUUAUGGCAAAACAUUUUUUUCGGGCCGCAAGUUAGCCAAGAACGCAAAUAUUCAGUAUUAAAACUUAAACGGUUAAAACAAAAAAGUCAACUAAACAACCAUACAUACACAAAUCUCUGUAUUACCUACCGUCCCACACACUUCUUCGUCUCGCUCACCACUUCGCCCGCAUACAUUCGCUUGCUUGCUUCUACACACACACAUAUGAUUAUCGUUUUGUUGUUGCUCUUCCAAUCACUAUGUUUAUACUGCCAGCGCCUUGUCCUGUAUAUACACGAUCGAUGGAUCAAUCCCCGGAAUUCACGUCUACUCACGGAAGCCGCUGAGACAUCCUCAGCUGCAACACGCAAACUUUUAUUGGAGCAAUAUCGCACAGGAAACUUGGAACCGAACAAGCCGCCACGUAAACGGUAUAGCACAACCGCAUGUGCUGAGCCAGACGGCGGUGCUAGAGGUAUUUUAGGUGAAACUUGUCGUUUUUGUGCUAACAGCCCGCAGGGUUAUUGUCGUCAUCAUUUCCAUCUGCAAGAAUUGGAAUUACAAAAAACCCAACAGCAACAGCAACAACAGCAAUUUCAUUUAUUAGCAAAAUAUCGGUCACAUUUCUGGCAACCACUCUGUGGUGGUAGCAACUCCUCAACGACAUUGGAGCAUACUUGGGCACAACGACGACAGCAGCGUAAAGUUAAUCGUGAAGUGAAACGUAAUUUGAAAAAUCGAUUAAGUGCCACAACGACACAAACACAACAAAACUAUAUUCAAGAGCAACAACAAUAUCCAAUGCAAAAACAAUAUCAAGUACAAAGACAGUAUUUGAGACGACAGCAGUAUGAAGAGUUUAUGAGGGCGAGAAAUGCCGGCAACAACAGUAGCAGCGGUAGUAGUUCAAGUAGUAGUAGCAGUCCAUUGUGGGAUACAUCCACAUCGAAUUCAUCCAGCGGCUAUCAAUCGCCUUUUGCAUCUGUGUAUAAUGUAAAUGAUUCACUUACCGAUAUCGACACUAGUGACUCGGGCCUAGCCACAUCCAUAGAAAAUUCUGAAAAUUGCGGUGCUGACGAGCUGGAGUCCGUGGAGGAUUUUGAAGUGGAGCUAACAGCAACUACAAAAUCUACAAUAACUACAACAUAUGUAUAAUUGUUUGAUAUGCGAAUAUACGGAAAAAAAAUCAUCCAAAAUCCUCAACGUAUUAUAUUUAAACCCUAUCAACGAUAAACCACGGAUGCUGUGAAGACGAAUGCAAGAGAGAGGUAUUGGAUAUAUCGAUUACAUAAUAGUAAAGGCGUAGCAAUCAACUUGAACUGUACCUACCAACACAAGCGUCCUUUAGCCAAGGACGUCUACAAAGUGGGUUAAUUGGGUAAAGACGUUAAGUGCUUUAGCAAGGUGUACAAGUAUUGUCAACCAACCGGAAGUGACCUUUUCUCGCCAGACAAUAUUUACUAGACAACUUACAUAUAUACGAGCAAAAUAGAAGGCAAAGUUUUUUUUUAGAGCUCUUGAAGAUCCAAAAAA